AUGUACCACACCUUUCAAGCUGCGCCGUCCUUUCCUGCGAGUGGAGACGGUAGCAAAGGACCCCGACCACCUGGUAGCUCUUCAUCGAGGCGAAUCUCCACUACGAAUGCAUGCAUCGAGUGUCGACGACGUAAGAUCCGCUGUGAUGGCAAUCAGCCUUGCGGCCAGUGUAAUUGGUAUCAGCAUCCGGAGCUAUGCGCGUACUCGAAGCCAGCACAAAGAGUCAUCCCGUCGCGAAAACUGGUCGAGAGACUUCAAUCCCAAGUCGAACAAUACCACUCGCUCUUCGCUCGACUGUUCCCCGGCAAGGAACUGGAGAACAUCCUUACGAUGUCGAGAGAAGGCCUCGUCAACCUAGCUGUGACCCUGCCAGCGGCCAAACUCUCUCCACCUUCUGCAGAAGCCCGGGACCGGCAUCAAGUGAAGUCAGAGACAGUCGAAUCAGAGACAGCCGACAGUCUUGAAGCUCUCGAGCAGGCCCCCGAGCAGGACUCCACAUCUGGCGAAUCGAGAAAGCUCCACGCGAAGAUACAGGCCAUCUCUGACGAUGUCAAUGGACUGUCGCUGUCAAUCGACAAAGCUUCAUCAUACACGGGCGUUUCCUCCAUCAACGCGGCGAUGAAGGUUAUCCUCAAGACAGCGCCUUUCGCUUGGGCUUUCAUUUCGCAGCCUUCCGCACAAACAUCCAACCCAAGUCGCGCUACUACUCCACCACCACAUGUGCGAGAUCCGGACCCAUAUUACUUGCCUUCCGCGGACGUCGGCGAAAAGCUCAUUGAAUCAUAUUUCAAAUAUGUCCACGUACAGAUGCCAAUGGUGGACGAGGAACAGUUUCGACAUGGCUAUCUGUACGGAACACGUAGAGAUCCGGCCUGGCUGUCACUGCUGAACAUGGUGUUUGCUCUCGGGUCCUUAGCUAGUUCGACAUGCGACAAUGAGGAACACAUUGCUUUCUUCCAGCGAGCGAGGAAACAUCUCAUUGCAGAAAGCUUUGCAAGCAGUAGUCUGUUCGUGCUCCAAGCAUUUGGUCUUCUGUCAGGAUACUACCUUCAUUGGCUGAACAGACCAAACGAAGCAAUCGCGAUCAUGGGUGGGACUCUCCGCAUGGCGACUGCGCUCGGUUUACAUAGAGAGUAUGGCCAUGGAAAGCCCGACAAAGGCACCGGUGGAGAGAUAUCGGCAGAUAUCAGAAGACGGACUUGGUGGACACUCUACGUUCUCGACUCUUUGGGCAGUCUCAGCACCGGAAGACCAUCCCUUGGUCGGAGCGGACCAGGAAUCACGACUGAAGUUCCAAGGAUACCCGAGCAGAUGAACAAUGCUCAAUACCUGGCAUCUCUGCGAUUGCUACCGAUCAUCCACAACAUUUCCUUUUGUAAGAUCGCAACAAAAGUGCAAGAUCAAUUGGCCGCGCGAACAUUGAUUGAAUUCGGCGAGCUGUUCGCGAUCGAUGCGGAGUUGGAGAAAUGGCGUGAGGACAUGCCUCCAAUUCUGCGAGAUCGGGACUGGACUUCAUGUCCAGAAAUGCUGAAGAUCCCACGCGCGGUCAUGUAUUGGCGGUAUCAGAAUUUACGAAUUCUAAUGCAUCGACCAGUCCUUCUCGCAGCCGCGCUUCGAAAGACUCCAUUUGCCAAUAUGAAAGAUGACGAAAGGCUGGCUGUCAGCCGAUGCCGAUUGGUCGCUGGGCAGUCCAUCUACGAUAUUGACGCGAGCUGUCCGGAGAAUCUCAUCGCCGGUUGGAACGCCGUGUGGAUGGUCUAUCAGGCGGUGAUGGUACCCCUCGUCUCUCUCGAAGGCUCAGCUCCGUUGCCAGGGAGCGACGAUGAUGUCGAAAAGUGGAAGAGUGAAAUCGAAACGGCGAUCGCAUUCUUCGACCGCAUGAAUCAGUGGUCAGUGGCGGCCAGGAAAAGCAGAGACGUUGUACAACGUCUCUAUAAUGCUACAAGUUUCAUCGAUCAGCCCAGCGCUCAGCUGCACCAGAAGGUGCAGAACCGAGAACAGUCGGCGCUGCCGUCGACGGGGUUGCAACAGCAAAGCAAAACAAUCCAGCCUGCAGAGGUCGACUUUUCAGCUGGACGGCCGAUUCCCCUUGACCCGUCGGAGUACCAGCCGCAAGAAAACAGCGCAAGGCAGGGAUGGGACGUGACCACGAGUAGCGGAGCGGCAGUCAUACCGGACGAGUUCUUUUGGAACGACAUGAUGUGGGAUACGUUGCCUCAAAAUAUGCCAGAUCUGCCGCCGAAUUUGGGCGAGGGUAUUGAUGUCGUGGAUUGGUGGCAGAAUGGAUAUGACACUGGCCCAGACGCUCAGUCCUGGAGCCAGUGGCCACAAGAUGGCACGUGA